AUGGAGGAGCAAUUCAUACUCAGAGUUCCACCGAAUGUUGCGGAACAGAUAGAGCGUCUUCUUAACGAAAGCAAUCCGUCUUCAUCGUCUGAAGACAAGUCGCUAGAUUUGCAAUUUACCGAGGAUGGAAGAAGCGGCGAGUUUGUUAUUGGGGAUGAGCACUUCCCAGCUUAUCUACUGGACCUUCCUUCUGUUGUUGAAUCAUACAAGACUUACGACGAUAACUCUUUGGUUAAGACCGCAGAUAUUAGUCAGAUGAUUAUGGUGAGGGAAUCCGGUGAUGCUGCUCCAGAUGUAAUUGAAUGUAGACAUGGCCUCACCCCUCCUAUGAGAGACGCCCGCAAGCGGAGAUUCCGCAGAGAGCCUGACCUUAAUCCUGAGCUUGUCUCUCGUGUUGAGAAAGAUCUUCUCAAAAUCAUUGCUGGAGGAACGGCUGAUAAUCUUGAUGUGGAAAUAGCUGAGCAAGAAGGGGAUGAGAAUGCUCGAGGUGCUAACAAAAAACCUGCAGCUACACCUGUAUCAAAACAUGAUGUUCCAGAGAGUCAUACAAACGCCGGGGAUAAUGAUAGGAGUGACUCUGAUGAAUCUGAUGAGUCAGUUUGA